UUUUUCAGAUUGUAGACGCGUCACAAAAAACCUCUUCUAUUUGGAAAAGUGACAAGUCCGCAGUGCAACUCUCUCCGCCCCAAUCUCUCUCUAUCUCUCACACACAGUGACAAAACACACAACUCUCUCUCUCUCUCUCUCUCUCUCCUUCACACACAAAAUCUGGCCAUUAAAAGCGGCCUCGUGCGCUCCGUCAUCGAGGACCCCUCCCCUCCUAUAUAUUCAUCCACCACCACUUCUUCCCGAGGCUUAUCUCCCAAACCUCCAACACAGAUGAACGGAAUCAGCACCACCACCCGCGUUCGUUCGCCUCCCUGCGCCAAAUCCAAACCCGCAACAGACCACUUCUCCCUCUCCAGCCCGGAUCCAGACAUGCUCAAGAAGAAAUCGCCUGCCGCAUUCCCCGCCAGGAACCUCUCCGACGCCCAUUUCCUGAAAUGGACGGCGGCGGACGCGCUGGGGGUGCUGCGCCACCACCCCUUGCCCUGCGCCUUCGCCGUCUCCCUUCUCUUCUUCAUGGCCGUCGAAUACACCCUCCGCAUGAUCCCUCCCAUGGCCCCGCCCUUUGAUCUGGGAUUCGCCGCCACCGCCACCCUCCACCGCCUCCUCUCCGCCCGCCCCGCGCUUAACACGCUUCUCGCUGGCCUCAACACGGUUUUUGUUGGGAUGCAGACAACAUAUAUUAUAUGGACAUGGGUGAUUGAGGGAAGGCCAAGAGCCACCAUUUCAGCACUCUUCAUGUUCACAUGUAGAGGAAUUCUUGGAUACGCCACACAGCUUCCUUUGCCUCAGGGAUUCCUGGGUUCGGGUGCAGAUUUCCCGGUGGGGAACGUGUCGUUUUUCUUGUUCUAUUCGGGGCACGUAGCAGCCUCAGUGAUUGCAUCACAAGACAUGAAACGAAUGCAGAGAUGGGAACUAGCUUACGCAUUCGACAUCCUCAAUGUGUUGCAAGCGAUCAGGCUGCUGACCACGAGAGGUCACUACACGAUCGACCUGGCUGUGGGGGUUGGGGCGGGGAUGCUGUUCGACUCUCUGGCCGGGAAGUAUGAAGACAGCAAGAUCACCAGAGCAGCUGCAUUGUGUAAUGGCAAUGGGAGUGGUGGUUUGUACAAGUCUCACGAGUAGAGUGAAAUUGUGUAUUAGAUGUUCAACCAGAGUUGUUUGAAAUGCAUGAUUUGUGAUGAUGACGUGUUUUAUGCAAGUCGAGAGUUUUGUUCGUAUAUAAAAACCAUCUGAGUUGAGUCUUA